AUGGUUUCCCUUGAUACUACCGGAUGUCUGAAAGGAGAAAGUGAAGAAUCUACAUCAAGCACAAGUACUACCGAAUCACAUACGACCACAUCUACAACUACAACAGAAACGACAACAACAGAAAAAACUACGAGUACAACGAAAGAACCAACGACCACCACAACAGAAACGACAACAGAAGAUGCAACUACGUCAACGCUGCAAGCGACAACAACAAUCACAGACAUACCAACGACGACCACUGAAAUGCCAACUACAACUGAGACGACAACAUUAAAAGAGACAACAACGACUACGACAACUGAAAUCCCCACAACAACUACCACAACUGAAAUCCCUACUACGACAACAACAACAGAAGCUCCUACUACGACAACAACUGAAGCUCCUACUACAACAACUACAACUGAAGCUCCUACUACGACAACAACUGAAGCUCCUACUACGACAACAACUGAAGCUCCGACUACGACAACCACAACUGAAGUCCCUACUACGACAACAACAACGGAAGCUCCUACUACGACAACAACAACGGAAGCUCCUACUACGACAACAACAACAGAAACUCCUACUACGACAACAACAGAAACUCCUACUACGACAACAACAGAAGCUCCUACUACGACAACAACAGCAGCUCCUACAACGACAACAACAACAGAAACUCCCAGUACUACUACAACUACAGAAACUCCAACCACCACAACUGAAUCCCCAACUACUACAACUGAAACUCCCACUACAACAACAACCGAGCUUCCAACUACCACUACAACAGAAGCACCAACAACUACAACAACAUUAGCGCCAACAACAACUACUACCGAAAUUACAACAACUACCACAGAACAAACUACAACUACAACGUUGGAGCCUACCACUACCACAUCAGCACCUACUACGCCAGGUCCAAGAACAGGAUGA